AUGUCCUACGUCACCACCAUCCUCUACAAAGUCGAAGACGACACUGAUUUCGACCUGGAAUACUACCUCAACGAGCACAUGCCCUUGUGCGCCAAAGUAUGGGAAAAGUACGGUAUGACGGGCUGGUCCGUGACGAAAUUUGACGUCGAUCCUCAGGGGGCUAAACCCGUUUACGCGGUCCGCUGCGACAGUUACUGGGAGAGUGAAGAGGGGGCUAGGAAGGCAUUUAAUGGGCCCGAGAGUAGCGACGUCAUGGCGGAUAUUGUGAAAUAUAGCAAGACGCAGCCUAUUGUCUUGUUUGGGAAGCCCUUGGCCGAGGCAACUAUUUGA